GAGCUGAGGUGGCGAUGGUGGAUCGCCCGCCCGGCGCAGCCGCGGCGGGCCACAUCGCGUCGCCGACGGCGGCGGGCUCCUCCUCCUGUCAGCUUUUCAACCCGGAUUUCUCGAGACCUCCAAUCUCAGCUCAGCCUCAGUCUGUUCCUUCAGUUGUAAAACUGCUGCAGCAUCUGCCUCCGGAUCUCAGUAAACAGCAAAGCAAAAGGAAACAAUAGCAUUAACUAUUGAGUGCAUGUAAUAUUCAUAUCCAGGAAGAGUUUAAUAUGGUUUAUGCAAGCCCUGGGACAGAUGCAUCAACAGAUCCAGACAUUGACAAGAAUAUCCGAAUGUUUGAACAAGGGCAUCUCCCUAACCCAAUAGCUUCUGACUCUAGUGACAAAUCAAAGGGCAAAUUAGGUCAAAAGACUCUACGUCGUCUUGCCCAAAAUCGUGAAGCUGCUAGGAAAAGCCGUUUAAGAAAGAAGGCAUAUGUCCAACAGCUUGAGAAUAGCAGGCUGAAACUUAAUCAAUUGGAGCAGGAACUUCAGCACGCUCGUCAACAGGGUAUUAUCAUUUCAACAUCCGAUGACCAGUGUCGUUCAACGAGUGAAAAUGGAGCUCUGAUUUUUAACAUGGAGUAUACGCGCUGGCUGGGUGAGCAGAACAAGCUGAUAAAUGAGCUGAGGGCUGCAGUCCACUCUCAUGCUGGUGAUGAUGAUCUUCAGAGCAUUGUAAAUACCAUCAUGGUGCACAAUGAAGAAUUUUUCAGGCUCAAGGGUGUAGCAGCCAAGGCAGAUGCUCUCCAUGUACUAUCAGGAACCUGGAGGACCCCUCUUGAGAGGUGCUUCCUUUGGUUGGGUGGAUUCCGACCAUCAGAGCUUCUUAAGUUGCUUGCAAAUCAACUAGAGCCACUUACUGAGCAGCAGCUUGCCAGCCUAUGCAACCGGCAGCAAUCCUCCCAAGAGGCAGAAGAAGCUCUCUCUCAACGGAUGGAAAUAAUACAGCAUUCGCUUGCGGAAACCAUUGCAUCCCAGCUUGGCCGAGCAGGUGCAGGUUCUUCUGGUAAUGCCGCAGAUCACACGGCUGCGGCACUGAGAAAGAUCGGCACCAUGGAAAGCUUGCUGCAGCAGGCUGAUGAUCUGCGGCUGCAGAGUCUUCAGCAAAUGCAGCGUGUGCUGACCACCCGGCAAUCUGCAAGGGCGCUGCUCUUAGUCAGCGACUACUUCUCCCGGCUUCGCGCUCUGAGUUCUCUCUGGAUUUCACGUCCACACAGCAAAUGUGUUGACAUCGACACGGUUGUCACUGACCCGUAGUGCGUUCUUUCUAGCCUCUUGUUUUGCUCACAGGAAUCGAUGCAAAUGUUCCUGUGAUUCCUCCACAGUUUGUUGCGUUCAGAGGAACCUAGAAUGGAAAACUGAUAUUGUUCAUGUCACCUUGCCUUGAAAAAGAUCCAACAUCCUAUCAAGUGUGGAGAGAUCAUAAAAAAAAUUCAAAAGCCUUUUUUUUCUUUGACAACAUGCAGGUGCUCAGCUAAUUGGGAGAAUAAGACCAAAUUAGACCUAAUUGGGCCGUCACCAAGGCCCAAAAUAAUGGGCCCAGAGUAUUAGCUCCACCGUUGGAAGUUCUAAUAUCAGAUGGGCUUGGUUUCAUUGGGCCAUAACAUUUCGGCCCAACUGUACGCGAUCACGAGUCGCGAGAGUGUACAUACGUGCGCUGCGUGUACUUUAGUACCGUAUCGGUUCGCCUAGAUUUGCCGUGGUAGUUCAAAAGCUGGGCUUAAGCCCAACAGUUCGCCUCUCUGGGGGCACUUGUGUUGUUUGUAAACAAUGUGUGCUGUACUUGUAAAAUGUACAUGCACACAGAAUGUACAUAAAUAAUGAUGUACCCGAAAUGGUUCAAAAAAUAUUUUU